UGUCUAUUGUCUCGCUUUUUUAUCAACCGAGACUGCUGUCAGCUAUGAAAUCGGUGUGUUUGGAAGCUGGGUCUACUUGCAAUUGCUUGCGAAUCAAGUUGACAAGACGUCAGAACUGACGGUGCCACAGAUUUUCACACAAAGGAAGAGAAGAAAGACGAUUGGAUUCACUAGCAAUGACCUCAGAGACUCCGUGGAGAAGAACUUGCAAGGCAUUCGUUUUGCUCUAUCGUCCCCACGGUUGCUACUGGUGGUUGCAUUUUAUGGACUAUGGCUGGGCUCUUCUCAGUUAUGCCAAGAUCUUCCCUUCAAACUGGAGAUUGCUCCCAUGCUGCUCGGCUUUUUUGCUUAUAAAGCUGCUGCUCUUGUCCAAGCCUAUCGUGACAACAAGGACCUCCUCAUCACAUUUCCAGCCAACAGCAGUGACAAAGAAGAGCUCGACAGAGAAGAUGGCUAUUAAAUUCGUCGCCAGAACCACGUAGAUGAGAGUCAAGAGAAGCUACUGCACGUCCACUCGAGAGACCCAAGACUACUUCGCCAAACUCCUUCGGAGCUACUGCGUCACGAAAAAUGUUUCCAUGGCCAAGCGCGUCCACAAUCAAAUGCUGGAGAGCCCCUACAGGCACGACACCUUCCUCAGCAAUCUUCUCAUCAGAGUUUACAGCGAGUGUGGCAAGCUGGACGAAGCCAAGCUCGUCUUCGACGGGAUUCCCAGGCAAAACGACUACUCUUACAACUUCAUGGUCCACGCUUACAUUCUCAACGGGUCCCUGGAUCUCGCCAAGCAGCUGUUUGAUCGAAUUCCAACGCCACCGUCGAGCUUCUGCUGGGACAUCCUCCUCACGGCAUUUGCCAGGUCCGGGGAUUUGGAUCAAGCCAAGCUCCUUUUCGACUCCAUGCCGUCCAGAGGCCUGCUAGCAUGGACCAAGCUCAUGCAAUCCAGCGCAAGGAACAACGACCUCGCCCAAGCGACCGAGAUCUUCGGGAGAAUGCCCGAGAGAGACGUUCUCUCGUGGACGGUGAUGGUGUUGGCAUUCGCCCAAAACGGAGACCUGGAGGUGGCGUGGAGCUCCUUCCUAGAGAUGCCCGAGAGAGACAUCGUCCCGUGGACAGGGAUCCUCCAAGGCUUCGUCGACACGGGCCAGCCGGACGAGGCCAAGAGCGUCUUCGAUCGAAUGCCACAGCAGGACGUGGUGUGCUGGUCCGCGAUGCUCCAAGCGCAGGCCAGGAACGAUCGAGUCGACCAAGCCAAGCUCCUCUUCGACCGCUUCCCGCAGCUCAACGUCGUGUCCUGGACCGCGAUGCUGGGAGGCUACGCACACUCCGGCCGGAUCCGCGAGGCCGAGCUCCUCUUCCGGAAGAUGCCGCAGCACGACGCGAUCUCUCGCGUCGCGAUCAUGAACGGCUACGCGGAGCACGGCCGACUGGAUCUCGCCAUCGCCAUGUUCCACUCCAAGCCGGAGCGCGACAUGGGCGACUACAUCACGAUGCUCUCGGCGCUGGCGGAGACGAAGAGGCUGAAAGACGCGAGAGCUCUGCUGGAGAAGAUGCCCGAGCAAAGCCCAGUGGCGUGGACGAUCGUUCUAGCGUCGUAUGCCCAAGCCGGGCAUAUGUACGAGGCGCGGGAGCUCUACGUCGCCAUGCCUGCCAAGAAUGUGGUGGCCUCCACGGCCAUGGUCCAGGGAUAUGCCCAAGGCGGGCAUAUCAGAGACUGCGAGGAGCUCUUCUUCGAAACCAUGGCCGAGCGCGACUCCAUGGCUUGGAACUCUCUCCUCGGCGCCUACAGCCAAAAUGGUCUGGCCAGCAACGCCGAAGCAGUCUUCUCGAGGAUCCCGCAGUAUGAUUCGUGCUCCUGGAACCUGGUGAUCCAAGUCCACGCCGAGGCCGGGGAUAUGGACCGAGCUGGUGUGUUCUUCGCGAGAAUGCCUGGGCGGUGCGUGGUGUCCUGGAACACGGUCAUGGCGGGCUACGUCCGGAGUGGAAGGAUGGAAGACGCGAGCUCGGUGCUGGAGAGGAUGAGCCACUGCAGCUUGAUCUCGUGGAACACGAUGCUGGGGGGCUUCGCACAGAGCAAGAUGGUGGCUGAGGCGAGAGCGUUGUUCCAGACGAUGCCGGUCCAGGAUAUCUUCUCGUGGAACGCGAUGGUGGCGGCGCACGCUCACGUCGGCCACCUCGCCGACGCGAUGAGAACUUUCGAGGCGAUGGCCAGCAAGAACCUCUUCUCCUGGACGAUCCUCAUUGCCGGGUACGCGCUGGCGGGGCACCAGAGCUCGGCCAUCUCGCUCUUCCAGUCGAUGCAGCUCGAGGGAGAGAGGCCGGAUGGCAUCGUCUUCAUGUGUGUCAUUCACGCGUGUAGCCACCUCGGGCUGGUCGAGGAGGCCCUGCAGAACUUCUACCAGAUGAGAGCCGACUAUCAGAUCCAACCUGACGAGAAUCACUUCUACUGCAUGGUCGAUCUCUUUGCGAGAGCCGGGCAGCAGCAGGACGCCCGAGAGCUGAUCGAGAGCAUGCCCUUCGUCCCCGACAGCUUGGCGUGGCAGACACUCCUCGGUUCAUGCAAAGUUUCUCGUGAUAUCCAGCUCGGGAAGCACGCUGCAAACCAGGCAUCAGUCAUAAGUCCGGAGAAGGCUGCGACUUACGUGCUGCUGUCCAAUAUCUGCGGCACGAAUCGAAAGGAAGAGGUCACUACUGCUGCAGCACUUCCUUGAGAACUCUUCCUAUUCUCUCGGACAUGUGUUGCUCGAGAAAUUGCUCCUGGACGCGCUUGUAGCCCGCUUCACCCAUGCGAGCUCUCAACUUUGGAUCUCGAAAGAGGUUGAUGAUGUUGGAGGCUAAGUCGGGAACACCUUCCUUGCCAACUUGGUGAAGGAAACCAGUGGAUCCGUCCACGACGAUCUCCGUGGUUCCACCGGCAGCAGUACCCUGUGAAGGCAAAUGUUGAUCAGCCGAUUGAUUCA